AUGGUGCCACGGCACCCAGCGUGUGACUAUCACGCCAAGGUGCCGCCGUACUUUCAGCCCCUUCCCGACUUAGAGCAGGUCUCGAGAGAGCCCCUGGAGCAGGCCAAUCUCAGCAAUUUGUCACUGAAGAUGGCCCUUCUGGUGGCGCUCACUUCUAUCAAGAGGGUUGGGGACCUGCAGGCGCACUCUGUCACCAGCGAAUGCCUAGAGUUCGGGCCGGCACACACUCAUACCACCACUCUCUUUUUGUGUCAGAGGGAUGUGUUCUCUGUAGUGCUCUCCCUCCUGGAGAGGAAAGAGCACUUCCCCACCGCUAUUCAAGCAGGUGCGAGUGGGGUGCUGACCGAUGUGUUCUGCAGUUAUGGAGAAAAUGUCACUCUGCCCUGUAAUAAUACUUAUUCUUAUUACAAUUCAACUGAAUGGAUCUAUGAGAGAAACAGAGAUUCAAGGGCAGUUGUACUGUUUGCUGAUGGAAUAAAGAAGAAUAACACAGAGAGACAUGACAGACUGAGCCUGGAAUCUGACUGCUCUCUGAACAUCUAUAAAGUCACAAAAGAAGAUCGUGGGCUUUACAGCUGCAAGCAAUAUAAGGACGGAAUCAGACGACUGGCAGAUGGUCCCAGUUUUUCUCUGCAUGUUCUUUAUGGUCAGCACCAUUCUGUCUUUACAUUUACUGAAACUUGUUUCAAUUUUGUUUCAGUUUCUUCACCAUCUACACAGACUGAGAUCAGACCAGGCAGCUCUGUGACUCUCUCCUGUCAUCUGUAUUCAUAUGAUGAAUAUUAUUGUGACCCUUUGGUUGAUAUUGAUGGAGUUCAGCUGGUCUGGGUGAAUCAUGCUGGUGUGAAUCUGCAAACAUACUCCAGAUUUCAGAUAUUACACUCAGGACAUUGUAACAGCAUUCUGACUACAACACUUCUGAAUGAAGACAACAACACAGAGUGGAGAUGUUUGGCUACUUUUAAAAAUGAAGUGAAGACCUCAGCCAGCUACACUGUCGAGUAUUUAGGUUCGAGUGAGCCAGAAGAGAAACAUGUGUUCUGCAGUUAUGGAGAAAAUGUCACUCUGCCCUGUAAUAAUACUCUAUCUGACUGCACUUCAACUACAUGGAUCUAUUCACGAAACAGAGAUUCUGGGACUGUUGUACUGUAUAUUGGAGGAAUAAAGAAGAUUGACACAGAGAGACAUAACAGAAGGAGACUGGUGUCUGACUGCUCUCUGAAGAUCUAUCAAGUCACUAAAGAUCAUAAAGGAGUUUAUAGUUGUCAGCAAAAUUUAAAUGGACAAAGACAAGGAAAUGAUGCCAAUGUUUUUCUACAUGUUCUUUAUGUUUCUCUACAAUCUACACAGACUGUGAUCAGACCAGGCAGCUCUGUGACUCUCUCCUGUCAUCUGUAUUCAUAUGAUGAAUAUUAUUGUGACCCUUUGGUUGAUGGAGUUCAGCUGGUCUGGGUGAAUCAUGCUGGUGUUAAUCUGCAAACAUACUCCAGAUUUCAGAUAUUACACUCAGGACAUUGUAACAGCACUCUGACUACAACAUUUCUGAAUGAAGACAACAACACAGAGUGGAGAUGUUUGGCUACUUUUAGAAAUGAAGUGAAGACCUCAGCCAGCUACACUGUCGAGUAUUUAGGUGAGAAAACUGACAAUUCCAUACAUUAA